AAAGAAGAACAAUGUUUUCCUCACAUCCCACAAAUUCAAACAGCAGCCUGACCUUGUACAGGAUGGAACAUUGAUGGAUCAGAUGGAGGAAAGUUAGCAUCUUUGCCCAAAUAUCUACUGAAACUAAAGAAUGGAAUUCUGGUUUCUAUGUCUUUAAGAUGUGAAAAAAAUUGAACCAGGAUCCAGGGGGGCAAAAAUACAGAAAAUGAAAAAAAAAGUCCAUAAAAAGAUGCAUGAAGGGAAAAAGCUUAUUGACCAUGAUUAUCCAUGGCUACAAUGAAGUCACAAUGACUCCUCUAUGCUAAAGACCUCUCAACUGGGAAAGCAAGGAAGAAGAGCCCAAUUUGUUUCCUUAAGGGGCCAGGAUGGGAAACUUGGCCUGCAGAAAAGAAGUGUCCAGCCAAGCCUUAGAUUUCUGGGAGCACAAGAAGGAAGAGGAAGAGGGAGAAGAAAAAAUAGAUAAAAUCAAAGAAAAGGGGUGCUUUGUCUUCAGAUUUAAAAGAAACAAGGAUAUUAUCAACUCCAUACUGUGGCCUCACCAUAUGCCAUCAGGUUGCCCUUGCUAUGGCCAGUCCAAUUACAUGAUGCCUGAGGAAAGUGACAGCCAAGUGAGCAACAUGAGAUGGGUGGAAUUCUCCCCGUGGGCCCAAGACCUCCCUUCCUGCUGUCUGUCUCCCCAAGAGACCCAAGCCCAGGCUGAAAGGGAACAGAAGUACAAAUGCCUGCAUCUAAUGGAGGAGCUAGCUGGCCUUAUGCAAGCUGGGGAGAUGCUCCAUAAUGAAAUGAAUGGCUGUCAAGGAAGUGUGUCCCUUACCACCAAAAGCCUUCUGGCCUUUUGGCAGCGGCUCUCUUCCCAGCUGGAUGAAGACCACCCCAUUCACCACACCCCCCACUACUACCACCGGCGACUCCAUUCUCUCCUGUGGGUCUAUGGCAAUGGCCAUGACCGAAGCAGUUGGAGAAGAAGGGAGUGAAGGGGAUCUCCUGUUUACAAGAAUAAGCUGUUAGAAAAAGUAACUGGACCAAGGAACUGAGUCUUUGUGUAUCAGGAGGAGAACUGAUUUUCUUUGUGAUCAUGGUUAUUAAAUUACAAAUAAGGCCCCUUUGAUGGUAACAUAGAUGUCCAUAGAUUGUAGAUUGAGAACUAGAAGAGACCUUAGAAGUCAUCUGGACUGCCAUUCUCAUUUUAAAGAUGAGGACACUGAAGCCAGAAGGGUAAUUGCUUGCUCAAUAUUUAACUCCACAGAGCUGGAGCUGGAAAGCAAGUAUCUCUCUAAAUCAAAUGCCCUUUCCCUAAAUCACUUGAUGGAAAUACCAUUUUGGUCCAUAGGAUGCCAGAGAAUUUAGAGUUAGAAGAAACCUUAAAGGUCCCUCACAAUAUCCCCUAUAACACUGAUUCUCAAAAUGGGAGCCAAGGAUGUAUACUUUCCCAUUAUCCAUCCACUCUAACACUUAAUAAUGAAUCCAUUAGGAAAUACAAAAAAGUUUUUUACAAAGAAUAAACAGAUGAGUAAUCUUCUUCUAUAGCAAAAAAAAAAAAAACGGAAAGGAGACUAUUAAACCAUAAAUAUGAGAUGGUUUUCUUAAUAUAUCCCACCCA